AUGUAUAGGGUUAAUCUUGUCUGCAAAGUAAUUGAGAAAAUUGUCCACCAUUUUCUGAGGACACUCUAUUACCAGCCUAAGAUCACUCAGGGUGAGCCYCAGAAGUCAUGUUCCAAGCCUGUAGCAGAGGAAGUUACAGAGAGCUGCCAGGAAGUUUGCCAAUGCAGGCCACCUCCUCUGUUACCACCRCCUCCGCCACCUCCACCGCCCCCAAGGUUGCUGGCGGUGCCAACUCCCAAGUCUACCUUUUGUCCCACUGAAGAGACCUGGUGGCCAGGCCUGGUUAUUAUCAUUGCAGUAUGCUGCGCCACACUAGUGUUCCUCUUUGUAGUUGUCAUCAUUUGCUACAAAGCCAUAAAAAGGAAACCAAUGAGAAAAGAAGAGAACGGAACCAGUCGGUCCGAAUAUGCAAUGACCUCCUCCCAAAACAACAAAACAGUUGAUAACAAUGCGGUUGUAUAAUCCCCGAGCCCCGCCAAGGCACAGGAGGUGGUAAACUUYCAAAGCACACACACGGAGUAUGCAAGGUGGGUGAAAUGAGGCAGCGAAGGGAGCUGUGGGACCCAGGACUCCAUUUCAGAAACAGCGCACGCAUCAGUGAUCCAGAAGAGAAAAGCAGGCUGCUCUCCAGGCUUGCUGCUGCUCCAGGGGAGGAUAAACUCACCCACCUGGGCUGCCCAGAGAAACGGCCCCUCAAAGGCAUAAGCAUUGCAUGCUGCAUCCCAUGAAAGCGAUGUUGUGAUGCCUCCCGCUUCUUCCUCUCUUCCCCUACUUUUACAUUUGAAUUGAGUGUCCACAAAAAGCUGCUGAAGGAGGAUCUUUUGAGGAGAGGGUGAUCUGCCAGAGUGGCAGCAGUUUAUCACGGAUGGGUCAGAGGGAGGUGUCUCCCUCUAAAUGGUAAGAGGUGUCACCUGUGUGCUUCUCCAGCCUGUGCAGUUUCAUAUGCUGAUGCUUUGUUCUUAUCAUUCUUACUAUUUUGUUAUUAAAAAGGGAACAAAGGUUUCUGUUAGGCAAUCAAGCAGAAUUGGCCUGAACUUGUGACUUUUCCCAGAAAACUUAUCUGUAGUCUGGUGACUGUGCAGUUUUCAUGGCUGAAGACUUUCCAGGCAAAAGAAAUCAAAAUGUAAAAUUUUAGCAAUUAGCAUUGAAAGAGAGAUGUUAUUAAGACGUGCUUUAAACGUUAUUACUUCAUAAUCAGCUUCCUUUUUGACACCACACUUUUAUCUUUAUAAUUGUUCUUCCUUUGUGACAUUCCACAUUUCUCUGUGUUUGCAUCACACUGAUUCCCCAGGGAAACUCCUACAGGAAAGGUACUGUUUACAUCUUGGCGUGUUUGGGAUUAUGUUGAAAGGACUAGCAGCCCUUUGAAGUUCUCUUCAUUCACUGGUUAGUGUUGUUCCUGAAAGUGUUAAGUCUCCUGAACUGACCCACUGAGGACAUUUCAGGUCUGGCUUGUAGGACCACUUUUGAGGGUCUGGUAAGCUGGUUGUGCCCACAUUGUCUGGGUCUCUGCCUCUCCUGAGCYGAGACUGAGGGCAGUGCCAAGUUCAGCAUACAGGUCAGUGUACUUUCCGUGAUGUGGAUUGCAGACUAUAUAAAGCAAAAGCUGAAUUUACCCAAAUUCAUUUCACGYAGGAUCUCAGGUUAGACUCAGUAAGUAGCCCUUAGGAUAAAGGUGAUGAGACUAGUUGAGAUGCUGGUCUUUCCCCAUCUCCUCAAAACUGUUUUUUUGGCGUCACACUCCACGUGUAUGUCUCCAUUUACCUCUGUGCUGAAAGUAGYGAUGCAGUCAAAGACAAAUUUACACCCUGGCUUCUUGUCUGGAUAUAAAACUUUGGUACCCCUUGGUCUCCGUGUCUGUGAGUAACUCCCAGGCACCAAUGCAGUCUUGCUCUGCACCCCAGCUGUAUCAUCCCUCAGCACUGCAACACACCAAUACUUUCAGUUUUAUAUGAGGAUGUGCCUGAACUGCAGAGAUCAGACCUUGAUUUUAAGUGCAUUCCGGCCCGCGGGCUGUCUGUUGCUGGAAUGCAGAGUUCUGCAUGAUGGUAGAGGAAGAUGAUGUUCUGCAGAUCUUCCCAAAAAAAAAAAAGGCUGGGAUGUUCAAAUCAGCAUUCUCAGCUCAGGCCCAUCUGUAGUUUUCUAUUACCUAUUGAACAAUAGGGUGUAUGUAAAUAUAAGUACCUUUUUAAUUAUAAAAUGAAAUGCUGCUAUAUAUUGCUCUUGAGAAAUCUAUGUAGUUAUUCAUUUAGCUUUUUAGUCUGUCAUCACUAUGUAGAAGUUUCAACUGCAUAAAAUUAUUUUUUAAAGCUAGACUUUCUUGGGAGGUGAACGCAAUUACAAAAGUGAAAGGGAGUUAGUAAAUCUUCACCCAAGGGUGUGAUCAUUUCCAGCCACAUUCAUGUUGUGUGCUUGCGCGAGACACAGUGACAUGUUUUUAGAUCCAAAGUGGGAUUAAAAUGACAGAAUUUACACAUUGAGUCUAUCUAGUAUCCCAAAUGUUGAUUGCCUAAAGCACUUAGCCCCUAAAUACUAUAUUAAAAAUAUUGCAAGUAUAUUUCUAGAAUAUUUUUAAGCUAUAACAUUUAUUUUGGUGUAGUUACCUAUGUUUGCCUUUCUUUUUGUACUCCAGUUGUUUCACCCUAAAUGUGGAAAUGUGGCAUAGUUUGAGACCGGUUGCAUGUUUAUCUGAAAGUAUAAAGUAUGAAUGCAGAAAAGUUUAGUAUAAUUUGGGCUCAGGAUUAGCACCUUCUCCUAAAGGCUAUUGAUUUUAUUUGUUUCUUAAUACAGCUUUAAAGGCGUGUUCUGUAAGGUCAAAAUCACAAAAGGCAUUUGUAGGUCAUUAUGUCCAUUAAAAUAUGUCUGUUUUUGCAAAAAAGAGUCAAAAGAGAUGGUCACCAAACACUGUCUGAUUUCCAGUGAUAUCAGUGGUAAAAUGUUCUCACUGGAGAAGCCCCCAGUGCAUGACAAAACCCACAAGCAAACCCCCCCAGGCCUCAUGAGGACUCCUUAGGAGAACAUAAACUUUAAAAACUUCAUGGAGAGCGGAGAAGCAGGGCAUUGUGAGACACAGCACAUGCCACCUAGGAUCUAUUUUCAACUCUGCCACUGAUCUGCUGUUUACUAGCAAGUAAUUUUGCCUCUGUGCCUCCGUUUACCCAUCUGUAUAACCAAGAUAAAAGUGGGUACCAGCUCUGUGGCACUAUUUUGAGAGAAAUACCCAUAGCUUAUUUGCGUGGGCAGAUAUACACUAUCACUAUAUACGAUGURCUGAUAAAAUGUAUUGGGCACGUAAUUGCCAUGAUAGUUCUUGAAGCAGACAUGCCCCGUGUGCUUUAAUAAAGCGUUGGCCCCAGAAAAGCAGCAGCAGAAGGGCUGGGAGCUGCUCCUCUGCUUUGCCCAGACCCUUAGCUCUCAGCCCUCACAUCACGACAUGGUCGAGGAAGGUGGGAAAUCUUCAGGGCGUAGCUUUGCCUUAAGAUUUCUGCCCAGUUACAUUGACUACAUUGCACCAAAAUGUAAAGCCAUCUUGAGGAAGGCGCUUGGAAAAGUACACCAAAAUCAGAUGUAACUCUUCAGAAAAGGGAGGCUAGGCAGGGGAUGUCACUGAGCAGUGAUUUCUGAGGCCUGCUGAUGUGGUUUAAGGUUGUGUCUAACACUCUACAGACCCCUUGCAAAGCUUUCAUAAGAGAGGCUUCUGUGCUUCCUUAUUGUACUAUAACUAAAUACAAGGGGAAAGGAGCAGAUCAGAUACAUAAACACUUCACUAAGCAGUGAUCCCAGAUCUGGGGAAAUGGCAAUGCAAAAUGCAGCUUUACAAGCAUUUUGGGUUCCUUUUUAGUCACUAAAAUAUCAGAGGCAGAAAGGACCUGCCUAGCUCCGUUCACAAAGUAGCCAGAUCCCCAGCACAGGCCAAGGUGGCCAAUUUCUGCACGGAAGGUACUUGCUGUGCCCUGGCCACCACCACACAGACUUGACAAACUCAGUCUGAGGGAGAGUGGCUCCAAAUCUCUUCUCAAGGAUCACCACUAGCAGGAAAUGCAUUUUAAGGGCCUGAGCUGCAAAGUGCUGAGUUUUCUCGUUCCUCAGAAGACAGGGAGACGGAGCUGAAGCCCCAGCCCUGCUGCCCUUCCUGUCCCACACCUGACACAGUGGUGUGCCCAGGAAAGCAUUUCUGCCUUGGACAGAUGCUGCAAAAACAGACAUGGAAAGAAAGSGGACAGUUCUACUAAGUAUAAAUUACAAAUAUAUUUAUACAUAUCUAUUCAGAGACCUAAUUGUCCAGUCUUGCAUGCCAUAUGGUCACAGCAUGUGAGGAAAGUGUGGGCGCCCUGCUCCAACCAUAGAUGCUGCCAAGCAAUGGAGAAUCAGGCCUAUGGUAGAUAUGUAUUUACAAUACUCCCUGCACCUGUACAAACAAAAAUAUAUUAUUUUAAACUGCAAAAUAGUGUGUUUAAAUCAAUGCAUGAAUGUAAAUAUUCUAAGAUCUGCCUUCUUGACUGUGUACCACAUGUACAGAUGAAAACAAAUAUUGUUUAUAGGAAAUCUGUAUCAGUGGUUAAAUGACUAAAGAGAAAAAAAAAUACCAGAAUUAAUGUUGUCAUGUUUCUCAAACAAGCCAUUAAUGUAUAUUUAGUAUUUAAGGAUAUUGCUCAAUAAGUAUGUUCCGUACCAAAAACUGUGUUGCAUAUACAGAUUGUGCAGUACCCUAUUUUAAAAAGGCACCAUAAUUAAUUUUUAUUUUAA